AUACAAGCUAUUGGCAUACGCAUGUAUGCAAGAAGUACCUACCCAGGUAGAUGUAUGGGAUACGACUAUGUGCGUAGUAGCUGUACAUCUAUAUACACAUUCACAUAUGAGUGCUUCUAUGCUUAUAUGUUUACAUGUAUUCAUGUGUUUAUUUAUUUGUUCUGUUGCUGUUACUUGCAUGUGAUUUGCGAUGACGAUGACGGGUGGGCGACUUCGGCUCGGAACUGCAGCUCCAACCUCGGCGCAACGAAAAAAGAAACCAUCUAUCAACUACCGGCUAUCAAAGGGAGCUAUCACAACUUCUAAUAAUUCAAUCACACAUUUCCUUUCCUCCUCCUACACAAUCUCAAAAGGACGCUUGAUUCAUCUCCAACAACCAUGGCGGACGCAGGAGAACCCCAGGCGCCUCAACCGCCAGCAUCGACAUCAACAACCACAAUCCCAUCAACGGAACAACCUCAACCUCAACCUCCCACCAAAUCCCCACAACCCUCACAAGCACCACCCUCACCCCCCUCAAAACCUCACCUCCUCAACCUCCGCCUCGCCCUCCUCCGCCUAAUCUACCGCCUCGCCCACUCCACCGACACAACCCUCCUCCGCAUCUCCGCGCUCCUCUCCACCCCCUCCGGAAUCGACUCAACCCUCUGCACAAUCUCCUACACCCUGACCCUCCUCCGCGCACUCCUCACCCGCGUCCUCGAAGCCCGCCUAACCACGCUCGCCACAUCCCUCGCCUCAAAAGCCGACGCCGUGCUCCUCCCGGGCGAAACCCUCAUCGCCACGCUGCCCGCACCCCCCACCACGAAAGCCCUCGCCCACCUCGUCGCCACCUCCAAAGCCCUCAACGACACCAUAUCCGACUACCGCAUCUUCGUGCGGCUCUGGGGGCUCGCGGGCAUCUACACGUGGGCGCGCGCCACGCUGCUGGCGCCCGCGCCCAAGGAUAGGAGGGAGAAGGUGCUGAGGGCCGUGGAGUGGGGCGAGAUCGUCGCGAGUGUGGGGUUCCAGGUCCUUGAGAACGGGGCGUAUUUAAGUUCGAAGGGGGCGUUGACGACGAGUGGGUGGGCGGGUGACGAGGGGAAGAGGAGGGAGGCGAGGUGGUGGGUUUGGAGCUCGAGGUUCUGGGCUGCGCAGGUGUCGUUGGAGUUUGUGAGGUUGUUUGUUAAGUGGUUGUACUUUGAGGGGGAGCUGGGUGUGAAGGGUGGGGAGGGGGUGGAUGAUGGGGAGAAGGAGGGGAAGAUUAGGGGGGAGGAGAGGGAGAGGGUGUGGAGGGAGGAGAAGCAGCUUUGGUGGAGGGAUCUCGUGAAUAAUAUGGCGUAUUUUCCCAUGACGAUGCAUUGGUCGUCUGAGACGGGGUUGCUCAGCGAUGCUGUCGUUGGGUUCUGCGGUAUCUUUGCUGGUGGGGUUAUGCUUCGCCAUCGCUGGAAGGCUACCGCUUGAUUGAGGUCGGAGAGAUAGGGGAGGGUGGUGCAUGAUGGAUGUGCCUUUUCUACGGGAAACGUUGACUUCAUCGGACUGGAUCUAAAGAGAUUGAAACGAUGAGUACGGGAUCGGGGACAAUAUGUUGUAUGACUACUAUUAGAGAUAUAUCAAAGGCAUAUGUUUAGAGCAGGUAGUCUGUACUCCCUUCGAACAGACCUCCAAAAUUACCUCUGC